ACGGCGGAGGCGGGCGGGCCGCGGUGCCGGACGGGCGGCCGCGGCAAGAUGGCGGUGGCGGGCAGAGGGUCUGCGGCCGUGAAACCCAUCUUCAGCCGGGACCUGAGCGAGGCCAAGCGGCGCGUGAGGGAGCUGUACCGCGCCUGGUACCGUGAGGUGCCCAACGCGGUGCACCUGUACCAGCUAGACAUCACAGCCAAGCAGGGCCGGAACAAGGUGCGGGAGAUGUUCAUGAAGAACGCCCAUGUGACGGAUCCGCGGGUGAUCGACAUGCUGGUGAUUAAGGGGAAAAUGGAGCUCCAAGAAACCAUAAAUGUCUGGAAGCAGAGGACUCACGUCAUGAGGUAUUUUCAUGAGACAGAAACCCCACGACCUAAAGACUUUCUGUCCAAAUUCUAUGAAGGCCACGAUCCAUGAAACAGAUCCUGUGUUUUCCUGUCUUGUAUUACAAAUAAAGUUCUACAUAGUACAAUAAAAAUAUCUGUACAGAGAGAUGGCA